UGGCCUAAUGCCCCUGUGGGCCGGCCUGCCGCCGCGACAGGGCCUCUGACACUGCGCGCCCGGCCAGGUUCCGGAAAGCUGUCUGCGCGGGCAGGGAGCGCAGGCUCAGGCGGCCCCGAAGCAGUAGGCUGCCCGCAGCAGGGGUCUCGCACGCACCCCCCCUCCUCCCUCUCCCCCGCUCCCACCUCCUAGCACCAGGGUGUGGGCUAGGACUGGCGUGGCGGGGCGGUGGCGCCGAGUGCAGUUCCGCGCAGGAGCCGGGCGCAACGCGGCACACAGGGACCCAGAUUUAACCCAUUGGAAUUAAUGAUGGCAGCCAGACUAAGCUUUGAACAAAGGAAGUUCAUCCUAAAAUGCUACUGGAAGUUUGAAAACACAGUUGAAGUGCAAGGACAGUUUAGGAGGGAGUUUCAAACAGCUCCACCUACGCGACUUACCAUCACUCGAAUUAGAGAUAAGUUUGAAGCGGAUGGAACUGUUCAGAACGUCCACAGGAAGCGCUCCGGAAGGCCACGGACAUCGACAAGCCCCACAAAGCAAGAACGGGUCCUGGAGAUGUACCACCAGAGUCCAGGAAAGUCCGUGCGGCAAGCGAGUCGCGAUGCAGGAAUUUCAAAGUCGUCCGUCCAUCGAAUUUUGAAACGCUGCCAUUGGAAAAGUGACAUCCCAAGAUUAGUCCAUGCGAUCAGUGAAGACGACCCGGACCGAAGAGCGGAGUUUUGCAAAUGGUACCUGGCAAGAUGUGUAGAAGACGCACACUUUCCAACAAAGAUCGUGUGGAGCGACGAGGCGACGUUUAAAUUAAAUGGUUGGGUUAACCGCCACAACUGCACCUACUGCGGACCUGAGAGUCCACACGUGGCGGUGGAGCAUUCUGUUAAUUCGCCAGGAGUCACCGUGUGGUGUGGCUUGUCAUCAAGAGGAUUAAUUGGGCCAUUCUUUUUGGAUGCGACUGUGACUGGUCCCAUGUACUUGAACUUGCUGCGGCAGUCUGUCAUGCCACGCAUUAGAGAGGUCUUUGAAGACGAGGAGUUUUAUUUUCAGCAGGAUGGGGCACCCCCUCACUACCAUUGUGAUGUCACAUCCUACCUCGAUGAGAUCUUGCCAAACAGGUGGGUUGGACGAAGGGGUUCUGUAGAAUACCCUCCUCGUUCGCCCGACCUCACGCCUCUAGACUUUUUCUUAUGGGGACACUUGAAGGAUAAAGUCUACGCUACCAAACCGGCAGCAGUCGCUGCACUGAGAAUAGCCAUUGAACGAGAAUGCACUCAAAUAUCAAAUGAAAUGCUUCUUGAUGUUUGCGGUUCCAUUGCUUCACGUUAUCAGCAGUGCCUGGAUCACAAUGGACAUCAGUUUGAAAACAGGCAUUGACAAAACAAUUAAACAGUGUCCGUAGAUUCUAUUACAUUUUGAAAAUGAAAUUUAUUUUAAUAAACACUGCCCUUAUCAUUAUUCAAAGUGUGUG